UUUUGGCUGUUCGGAAUGCAACGCAUUGUUCGCAUGUUAUUGACCGGAAUUGUGGGGUUGACAUUGUCUGGCUUUGGCAGGUGCAGUGCCUCUACAAUUGCCAGCAGAAAUCCGGAAGCAGCUAUGUCAACGGUGGAGAUCAUCCGUUCACGCGGAUAUGUUUGCACCGUCUACCAAGUAACAACCGCUGAUGGAUACAUUCUAGAAUUGCAUCGCAUUGGAUUCUCAAACGGAAGACCCGUUCUACUCCAGCACGGUCUUUUGAGCACCGAUGUGGAUUGGAUAACCAAUCCGGCCAGACAAUCGCUGGGAUUCCGUUUGGCUGAUCUAGGCUACGACGUUUACCUUUCAAACGCAAGAGGAAACACAUAUUCUAGGCGACACAUCCACCUGGACCCCAAGAAGAGGGCUUAUUGGAAUUUCUCAUACGACGAAAUGGGACUGUACGAUGUUCCAGCCAACGUUGAUUUCAUCCUCAAGUUAUCUCAAAAGUCUAAACUCAUAUACAUUGGUCAUUCGAUGGGUGCUACCAUGUUUUACAUAGCGGCGGCAAGUCAUCCGGAAUUAAACGAAAAGAUCGAUUUAAUGAUUGGCUUGGCACCUGUGGCGAGUAUGGCUCAUUUCAGUAGCCCAGUCAAAGCUCUUGCUCCUCAUGUAGACGUGAUUCAGUUCUAUUUACGUUCAACGCGAAUGACGGCAUUUUUAGCUAAAGAGAGCUGGAGCCGCCGAUUUCAAAAAUCAGUUUGCCAACACACGUUCAAAACGAUGCAAAUGUGUCAGAAUGUCAUCUUUUACAUUACGGGAGCCGAUCGAAAAAAUUUCAAUUCGUCUGUGCUAUCCAUUAUCGAGGGCCACUUCCCAGCUGGAACGUCUGUCAAUACGUUGGCUCAAUUUGCUCAAGGAUACAAUGCAGGUAAACGUGAAGGAGAACAGUUUCGCGCUUACAAUCACGGCCUUUCUGAGAAUUUAAGACGAUAUGGCUUACCCGUACCACCUACGUACAAUCUCACUCGGGUUACAGCCCCAGUUUACCUAUUCUGGGGUCCUGGGGACCUACUCGCUUCCCCAAAGGAUAUCGACUGGCUUUCCAAGCAGCUUGGAAAUUUACAAUCUUCCGUGAAAAUCGAUUGGCCCGAGUUCAAUCAUCUCGAUUUCCUCUGGGGGAUGAAUAGCAAUCGGUUGCUCUACGAUCCUUUAAUAUCAGUGCUACCGAUCCCUUGAGCUUUGGCUGGAUCAUUUUCAGAUGGUUUGCUUUCCUAUCAGUUAUUUAAAAAAUAAAAAGUUGUCAUCCGA